AAAAAUCAUGAGAUCCUCGAUAAAAUUUCUGGGCCGUUGCGGCAACAAUGCGGGUCUGUUCGGUGGCAGUCUUUCGUCGGAAGUAAUCGCAGCAAGUUUACCGUUUAUCCGCACCAAUAUCACCACUACGACGAUACGUUUGCAUUACGUUUCACCAAGAACCACGGCAUCUAGCUGUCAGGAGUACUGUCAAAACAUUGGCCUCACGUUGAAAUUGCAUUCGCGCACCCUGCCGCGCCUUUACGAUCGAACAGAACGGUUCUAUUCACGCUAUUCAGCCAACCGCAUCAUGACUGGAGCGGAUACGUUUAGUUUCGCCGACUACGAUUGUGUCGGAUUCGACUUGGAUAAUACGUUGCUUCGUUACCGGAUCGGUGAAAUGAUCGAGUUGGAGUAUCGGACCGUGUCGCGGUUUCUAGUAGAGCAACGCGGAUACUCAGGCCAGCAUUUGCUAAAGCCGAUCGACAAGGAUUUUCUACAACGAGGAUUGAUCAUCGACUUUCAUCGGGGUAACAUUCUGAAGCUUGAUCCCGAUGGUGUGAUACAGCAGGCGACCCAUGGUACAAAGCGCAUGGCAGAUGAAGAGAUUCGCGCCUACUACGGCGACGAGAAACGCUGGGAAGUGACGAACGAGUACUGCCGAAAUAUGUUAGUCGCUUGGAAUGGACCACUAUCGGAGCAGAUACGAACGGUGCUGGAUUAUUUUGACAUUUGUGCCACACUGUUGUUCGGACGAGUUAUCGACACUUUGGAUGAAGAAGCUCACGAGCGCAUCGGUCGGUACAAUGUUUGGCCAGAUAUUCUUGAUGGGCUAGUGUACAUGUAUUCGCGAGAUCACUUUGGCGCCAAUAUUGGCGGUUAUUUCGAAGCCCUAAAGGCCAACCCAGACCAGUUCCUGCAGAAAGCUUCUCCGGAGUUAGUGCAGUGGUUACGCGAGCUAAAGAAAACCAAAACCACUUUCCUAGUGACGGGUUCACACAUUGAUUUUGCAAACUUUACCGCUUCGUACGCAUUUGGAUCAGAUUGGCCCGAAUUGUUUGAUGUAGUCGUUGGGUUUGCCAAGAAACCGGGGUUCUUUACGGCAGGCAAACCGUUCGUGCGACUCGAAGGUCACGAUGAGACGGAACCGCUGACCGCCGGGCAGCUGGAACGUUACGGUGUCUAUUCGCAAGGUAAUUGGCGCGAUUUGACUGUGUUGUUGAGUAAAAUCAGCCACAAGUCUGAUCCUCGAUAUUUGUACGUCGGGGACAAUCUUAUACAAGACAUGUACACGCCAUCCAAGUAUACGACAGCCGAUACGGUAGCAAUUGUGGAGGAAAUGGCAGCGGAAGGCAUGCGCGACUGCGAGACCGGCCAUCCAGACGCACCGUACAUAGUGUCAAAGUUCUGGGGAUCGUUCUUCACUACUCGGUCAGGACCAGGCGUUGAAGAUGCCUCACUAUGGGCCGGGCUUAUAAAGCAACACGCCAAAAUCUGCGUUCCUUCGAUGGAUGAAGUGGCCAAAUAUCCACUGGAUCAUAGUUACAAUAGUUUCACGGAAAACGUGAGCUGUAAUGGUUACUAUCCGGCCGAGCCGCUAAAGCUGAUCAACAAUUGAUUUUAAGACGGUAAAUCUAUCUAUCACUGCUGUAUGUGCAAAAUCCAAAAAGUGUAUGAUAUUUCUGAGAAGGAUCGUGAGUAUUUCCAUGGUGUUUGCGAAUUGAGCGACAAUGUGUACGAAUUGAAUCUGAAACGACUACGCCAAGGGAACUCAUGAGCCGUUGAACGCUGACAAGGUUUACCAAACUAUUCUACACGACGUAUAUGAUAUAAUACCAUCUGUUACUUGAGAAUGUGUUAACAUUGCUCGAAGUAUUCUAUGAAAUGUGCAGCCUCUGCCAGGUUCUAACGUUAACAUGGUAAUAGUAAAUCGUUGUGAAUACCUAGUUCACUGCUGUUUUCUUAGAUAUAGUUUCCGAACUAUACAUUCUCUAUCUACUACUGUAUUUCCUUAAAGAAGGUACGUUACACAUGCUGUUAUCUAUGGUGACAAUAUCAACAUUAUACAAAGAUAGUUGUUUGUGCGAUAACGUAAGACUUAAGCAAAAUUCUUCUAAUUUUAUUUAUUGCAUCUCGUUUGCGCACGCUUUUUUUUACAGCAAAAGAACGAUUAUUUGCACAAAACAAUGCAGUCGGGAAAUUAAUCCCGUGAUAAAAACAAUAUUUACUUGGUUUUCGUAUAAACGGUUGUGUUGAUCGUAUUCAAUGUAACAUAUAAGCCAUAGUAUGUAGCUUAAAGCUUACGGAAUGAGAGUGUCUGCGGUAACAAAGAUUCGCAGUUGAAAAUUGUAAAACAAUAGCUUUGAAUAUUCUUAAAGAUUGAGCCUAAAGAAGUUUAAAACAUCUAGCAGUUCCAAUGAUGAUCGAAGAACGCAAAAUAUAGGAUUAAGUGUGUGAAAUUUUCCUGAUAAGUCCAUUAUCGUAUGUAAAACCCAAUGGCAGAUUGCAAACAUAAUUAGCGAGCGAUAAAAAUUUAAAAUAAAAAGAAAAAUCAAUAACUAGAUAGAUAUAAAUGUGCGUAGCGCGAUCUACUCUCUUGUUUAACCUGUCGAACUAUGGAUAAUGUAGCUGGAAGUAAAUAAAUACCAGACAUACUACACGACCGCA